UCUUGAACAGAGUCAACCGAAAUUACUUCGCUUUAACCAAACAAACACAGAAAAAAUUCCAAACAGAAAAGUCCGGCGUUUGCAAUCAUUUUCAUAUUCAAUCAAAUAUUUUGCGCUUCUUCGAACGAUAAUUCAGAAAAUAUGGAUAAAAAGAAUGAGAUUCAAUUAAAUAAUACACCAGGUGAUGUGAUUUCGUCGUGUACAUUUGCGCCAAAUUCCAAUCAAUAUUUGAUGGUCAGUUCAUGGGAUUGUACCGUUCGUUUGUAUGAUACAUUGAAUAAUUCGUCGCGGCACAAAUUUACACACGAAGCUCCAGUUUUGGACUGUGCAUUUCAGGAUCCCGUUCAUGUUGCUAGCGGUGGUUUGGAUAAUACAUUAAAAUUUUACGAUUUGAAUACACACACUGACACCGUACUUGGUACACACAGUGAUGGCAUCAAAUGUGUUGAAAUGUGCACAAAAGUGAAUGGUAUUCUGACCGGUAGUUGGGAUAAAACCGUAAAACUCUGGGAUACAAGAGAAAAAGACUGUGUCGGCACAUAUGAACAAAACAAUGGCAAAGUCUAUUCGAUGGAUUGUGUUGAUGAAAAAUUGGUGGUUGCCACAUCCGAUCGUAAAGUUCUCAUUUGGGAUUUAAGAAAUAUGGAACAGUUUGUUACACGACGUGAAUCAUCGUUGAAAUAUCAAACACGAUGCAUUCGAAUCUUUCCGAAUAAAGAUGGUUUUGUGAUGAGUUCAAUUGAGGGGCGUGUCGCUGUUGAAUACUUUGACUUGGAUCCAGAGGUGCAAAAACGCAAAUUUGCAUUCAAAUGCCAUCGAUCGAAGGAAAAUAACACUGAAAUUAUUCAUCCAGUCAAUGCAAUUAGUUUUCACAGUGUUUACAAUACAUUUGCAACCGGUGGAUCUGAUGGUUUUGUUAAUAUUUGGGAUGGAUUCAAUAAGAAGCGUUUGUGUCAAUUCCAUCAUUAUGAUACGUCAAUUUCGGCACUUAACUUCAGUUCAGAUGGUACCACUUUGGCAAUCGCAUGCUCCUAUUUGGAUGAAUUGGAAAAACCACCAGAACCUGUUCCCGAACCAGUCAUCUACGUUCGAUAUGUCAAUGAGCAAGAAAUUAAACCCAAAUAAACUCCGGCUGCAUUUGAUGUUUUGGACUUUCUUGUAAAAAAAAAAAAAAAAAAAAAA